GCUAGUUCAGAUCUCGGCGGGGCCAUGGGGGCAGCGGCUGCUGAGGCGAACCGGACGCUCUUCGUGGGGAACCUGGACCCCAAGGUCACCGAGGAGCUCAUCUUCGAGCUCUUCCACCAGGCGGGCCCCGUGAUCACCGUGAAGAUCCCGAAGGACCGGGACGGACGGCCCAAGCAGUUCGCCUUCGUCAAUUUCAAACACGAGGAGUCGGUGCCGUACGGGCUGCGGUUGCUCAACGGGAUCAAGCUGUACGGGCGGCCCAUGCGCAUCCAGUUCCGAUCAGGGAGCAGUCAUGCAGCCCAGGAUAUCAAUCCAUCCUGUUCCCAGCUCGGAGCUGCUGGCACCAACCCUCCUGGGAUGCCUCAUCCAGCAUCCAACUGCAGCAGGUAUGAGAGGGUUCCAGAUGGCAUGGCCACUCCGGGGUUCCAGUCAAGCCUGCAGAGACAAGCGGUGAUGAACAGCGCGGCUCGGCAGCAGCCCCAGUUUGGGGGGAAAUACGAGCAGCCCGGCUUCCCCCCCGCUGGCUACCCGCACUCCUUCCACGGCCUGCCCAGCUCCCCGGGGCCGCGGCGCCCCGAGGGGCCGGCACCGCGCAAGGGCCGGCUGGGCGGCCACCCCUACCCCCCGGACAGCCGCCACUUCGGCCGCGAGCGCUUCGGGGACUGCGGCCCCGACUACGGCCGGGGCAAGCGGGAGGAGUACGGCUUCGAUGAGAGGGGCCACGAGGCCGAGCACCACUACCGGGGCGGCCGUGAGGAGCACUAUGACGACAGGCACCGGGACAGCUGGAGCUACGAGCACCGCAGGGAGAGCUACAGAGAAGCCAAGUGGCACUCGGCGCGGCACUGAUGGACUCGAGGGCAAAGCGAACGUGACCUGUUUCUCACAGAGUACAUGUAUAAACCCCCCUCCCCCGAAACAAAAAAAAACAGUGAAGUCACCUUUUAGUGUUUGUAAAAAUACCAGCGGUGCAGUCCUGCCAAACUCUGGUCUCAGUAUUAAAUGUGUUAACUCACACUUCAGGGCUUUUACAUAGGGUAAAAAAAGCCAGAGUGAAGUGUUGGAGAAACCACCACCCUGUCCUUGUGUCAGAGAGAAGUGCUGUUAGAAUUUUUUUAGGAGAAAAGAACAUCUGUGUUAGAUGGAAGGGUUUAGCAUUUUGUGGGACAGAUGCUGCUUGGCAUCUGCAACAUUCCUCAUGUUUUUUAUACAGUCAUAGAAAUCACACAAUGGUCUGGGUUGGUAGGUACCUUAAAGACCACCUCACUCCACCCCCCUGCCAGAGGCAGGGACACCUUCCACUCGACCAGGCUGCUGAGAGCCCCGUCCAACCUGGCCUUGAAUGCUUCCAGUGAUGGAGCAUCCACCAUUUCCCUGGGUAACUUCUUACAGUGCCUAAGCACCUUCACAGUAAAGACCUUUUUCGUAAUAUGUGAUCCAAACCUACUCUCUUUCAGUUCCCCGUUGUCCAUUUAAAAUACUACUAUAUUGUC